AAUGGAGUCAGUUCCACCUCAGCCUCAGCCGAGAUCGGACUCAAAAGGGAUAUAUAAUUUGCCAUUCAUUUACGCACAGUAUGCGAACAACAGCGUUGCUACUGCCGCUUGUGGCCCUAUUGGCCGCCCACCACAUCGAUUGUGGCUCGGCUCAUGUGGUCCCAUUACCGCUGCCAGUGUCUGGCACAUAUUUAGUAGCACAGCCGGUGCCAAUCCUGUUACUUGUGCAGCCGCCAGAGGAUGAUGGCAGCUAUAAGCCGCCAAUUAACGCAGAUGAUGGCUUGUGGAAGCCACAGCCGGGCCUGGAGGGCGAAUAUGUGGAGUCCUCUACCGUAGACGCCAGCUUGAAUGACGAGGCGCUGACAAUUGACAACGCUGCUUCUGCGGAAGGUAGUGAUGCUGAUGAGGCGGCUUCAAGUGCUGCUGCUGCGGCUAGUGCAGGAUCUGGUGGCGAUAGUGGUGAUGGUGGCGGUGGCGGAGGCGGCGGAGGCGGCGCAGGGCAGGCAGGACAAGCUGGUGGCAUUUUGGGCGGAGCUGGAGGCAGUGGCGGUUCCGGGGGCGGUGGCGGUGCUGGUGGUGGCGGCGCCGGAGGAGGUGGCGGUGGCGGUGGAACAGCCACAUCCGGCGAGAAUGGCCAAAACGGCGAGCCCGGUGCACCCAGUCCAGCCGGUGCACAGCCGGAUGGCGAGGACGGUGCCGAUGGCGCUGAUGGACCCGACGGACCAGAUGGCUCCAAGGGUGGAAAAGGUGGCAAAGGCGGUCAAGGAGCACGCAAUGGGGCCGGCGGCGGCGGCGGUGCCGGUGGCGCAGCACCACAACCAGCACCAGCAGCUGUCCUACUUCCGGCGCCCGUUUGGCCACAGCCGGAAAACAAUUUGAUCGCCGUGGUCUAAGCAAAUGUCCUGUGCCAUCAGCAGCCAGUUCAACGUAGCCUUUUAAGUGUCUCUAUUAGCCAUAGGACUAGUCAACUAUGUGAGAAUCAAGCAAACGAAUAUUAAAAUUCGAGAAUGCCCAAAACGCAA